AUGGCUACGAAUCUGCCUAACCGGUCCAAACAGGACUUGAAACCUCGUUACCGCCUGAAUUCGGCCUACAUCGAGCUCGAGCAAGCCCGCGAGUUGGUUUGGGGACUUGUCUUCCGCGACUGGAACUCAAACGAUAAAACGCCCGCACCUGCUAAAACCCCCCGCACCCGCGAAUAUUCUCGCGUCAAGGUGCUGGUCGGCCACCUGAUCUACGAUACGCCUCCAGCAACGGCGCGUGACGAACGCCGAGCCGGCGCCGGGGUCUACACCAGGCCCGAAAUCAUCGCGGAUUCCCACACAGUUGAGUUUCCCACGUUUGACUUGAGGGGCUUUCGACUCCCUGACGGCACCGAUAUCCUCUACACUCCCGACUACCUUUCCGAUGUCAAUAGAGAUCGCAAUCAGUGCGUCAUGAACAUGGACAAGGCCGAGCUCAAGCGCCAAGGUCGCCUCAACACACGCUGGGUAGUCUACUAUUUGCGUCACAGACUGCGACUGUCCCUCAUCAAACAACACAACGGACGCGAUACCUGCGAGUUUGCUUGCGGCCUGGGCACCCGCAACACUGACGUCGACCCCCGAGACCAAACUCAACCUAUCCUGUCACGGGAUCAAGAGGAUCUCACACCUAUCGUCAAGGUUGAACUUUGUUCGGACUAUUUGAACUGGUGGGAAGAUGAUACGAACGAGCUACAGGCCUACAGAUUUGGAAUGGGAGCCAACCAUCAGUACCACGGUCGCGCUAGCAACUGCAACAGAAGCUAG